AUGUUAUGUAAAUGUUGCACAAUCGACAACACCCCUCCAGUGUUGAUGUUGAGGAAGUUCAGCGAUGAUGUUGCGAAAAUAGACAGUCGGGAAAGUUAUUGAAGGCCACCUGUCCAGCAGACAUCCGUGUUUGAGCUCUGUUACAGAAUGUUACUGAAAAUACUGCUGCUCUUCCUGUGUGGCGUCAGAGCUGUGGUUUCUGAGAACAGCACAGCCCAGCCGGACCCUCCACCUCUCCUACUGGUGUCAUUCGACGGUUUUCGGGCGGACUACCUGCAGAGGUUCCCCAUGCCGAACCUGAAACGUCUGUACAGCCAAGGGGUCCUGGUGAAGCAGCUCACCAACGUUUUCGUCACCAAGACAUUUCCUAACCACUAUAGCCUGGUGACAGGGCUGUAUGCAGAGUCUCAUGGGAUCGUUGCCAGCAACAUGUACGACCCCAACAGCCACAAGUACUUCCACGUAUACAACGACUCUGACCCUAUGUGGUGGAGCGAGGCACAGCCCAUCUGGAUCACAGCCCAGGACUACGGCUACAAGACAGCAUCGAUGAUGUGGCCAGGCUCUGAUGUCGUCAACAGCAACCGCACAGCCACACACUUCUUUCUCUACAAUGAUAAAGUGACAUUCAAGCAGCGUCUUGGGAAUGUGACGAACUGGCUCGUGGGAGAUAAGGAGCAAGCCGUGAAGUUUGCAGCUCUGUACUGGGAGGAGCCCGACCGGUCGGGUCACAAAUACGGCCCAGACAACACCACAGCGAUGAGGGAAGUCCUGAAAGAGGUCGAUGACAACAUUGGCUUGCUGAUAUCAGAGCUGCAGAGGGUCGACCUCUGGGGGAAAAUUAACGUGGUGGUAGUCAGUGACCACGGUAUGGCUCAGUGCUCACCUGAACGCCUCAUACAGCUGGACGACUGCCUCCACCCUGACAACUACACACUAGUGGACCACACACCUGUUGCAGCUCUCAUCCCUAAAAACAACACCAAGGCUGUCUUCGACCUGCUGAGUAAUUGCCACCCCCAUAUGACUGCGUAUUUGAAGAAAUCCAUCCCUGACAAGUUCCACUAUCGCAACAAUGAGCGCAUCCAGCCAAUCAUAUUGGUUGCUGACGAAGGAUGGACCAUCAUACAGCGAGGAAACACACUGCCGAGAUUGGGCGAUCAUGGCUACGACAACUCUCUACCCAGCAUGCACCCCUUCCUGGCAGCGGCAGGACCCAGCUUCCGUCAGGGCUAUGAAAUGAGCAGUUUGCAAAGUGUAGAUGUUUACCCUCUUUUAUGCCGCCUGUUGGAGGUUACCCCAAGACCCAACAACGGUACCCUGAGCCAAGCCCGGUGUAUGUUGGCUGCUGAGACUUGCUGGGAUGUUGCACUGAUGGCUGGCAUGGUGGUGGGCGUCCUACUGGCACUCACAGUACUUACUGUUCUUCUCAGGUUUGCCACCACACGUCGCCGAACCCUUCGGCCCUUCCGAAGGAUACCGAUUGAGGACGACGACGAUGACUCCCUGUUGGAGUAAAAACUUCAGAGGCACUUGACUUGACAUGUUGCACUUUACCCCGCGAGACUGCCCGUCGUAGUUUUUACACUGGCUGUUCUGUUGAAAGCCAUUCAGCCCGUCUGACUCGUGCUGCUGCUGUUUUGUUACACUGUUGUACAAAGAACUGCAGAAAAUACAGUAGUUGGCAUUUAUUGUCCAAAUGUUACUGUUAAUAUCCUGUGAGGAAGUGACUUUAAUUUGUCAUAAAAAGCCAGUGAACUUUAGAUUUAUUUAUCGAAAGGAUGUCAAAGAGAUUUUUUUAUUCUAGGAAAGUGAAAACAGAUGUAUUUUCUGUUUUUUGUCAGUGAGAAUUAUUUAUUUGUGGUGUUGUGUGUGUUUUAGUCAGCAGAGGGAGCCAUCAUUUUAUUUUCAAUCAGUAGUGACUCUCACCAGUUCAAAUGGGAAACAGGAGUGUAAAUGUCAUUAUUUUUCCAAAUAUCCACUUUCCAUUUUAAUAGGAUGUGAUUUCUAUGCAAAUAGGUGGUAAAUCAGGUAUCUUUUUGUUUUCCUUCUUGUUCCAAAUUAAACUCAUGACCAAAAACGCACAGCAUCGUACUCCAAAGAGUCACUCACCAUCGGAAUAACAGACUCAUGUAAAGGGAUUUAUACUGCAGAUUAAAACUAAAUUUUACUUGUAUCAUUUCACCAGAUUACUGUUUACACUGGAUUUGACAGAUCGUUUUUAGAGAUUUUAAUCUGUCACACUUCAAUCAUAUCAGAUGUUUCAUCCACAGCAGGGUUAUAGUUAGGGAGAAUGAGUCUAACUGAAACAACAGUAAAAAUGACAGCAAUGAACAAACAAAAAGUACAGCACUGUGCAAAAGUCAUUUACAGGGUGUUUUUUUUUUUUUUUUUUUUGCAGGGUUAUAGCAAACACAGACAUGUUCCGGCUUUUCUUUUGGUUUAUUGGGCUAUUCAGAAGGUCUAAUGGCUUUUAUUGUCAUUAUUUCAUUAGAAACUCCUGCAUUGUUACAGUAUCUUGAAAAUAACUUGGGUGAAGCAAAAUCUGCCUCACACACAACUUCCCUUUUUGAGAUAAUAGACUUCUACUUUUUAAUAAAAGCUUAUUUCAUUAAAUAUUUUUUCAGGCGGAUAUGUUGUAUUUUAUAUUGGGUAAAACAUUUAGGUUGUGCUACAUAAGUCUUAUUUAUUUCUUACUCUCUUUAUAAAGAUACAAGAAAAUACAGAAAUAAACACAUCCUCUAUUAAAUUCUGGCAAAAGUCAGUAUAUGAUGAACAUUUUUCUCUUUUAUAACAUUCUAAGUGUUUAGUUUUCCAUGCUGUUUAUGUAUUUAGUAUAUAUUCUGACUGAGAAACGUAUAUGUAUUGUCAUUAUGACCUUGCAAAUGUGGCUUUUGCACAGCACUGUCGAAUUUCAGGUAAAGUUAAAUCAGUUUAGUUCUUGCCCAUCGCCUGUAAAUACAAUGCUUUAUUAUGCAUUGGGCAUUGUUUGGGAAUGUCCACACAUUGCACAUUCUGCAAAACCGGGUCAUUCUUGCACAUCUUGAACCAAACAAUGAUGACUCUGACCUGCUGUUACAGAGUGAACUCAUGUUACUGAAGGCAGCAUUUUCCAUAAAUAUGUGUAUUUCAUAUCGUUCAUGCAUUUCUUCAUGUGUGUGUAAAUGUACAUCUCAGAUCUCCUGCCAGGACCAGUUCUGCUCGUAGCAUUUUGUGAAGCCUCAAUAUGUUUGACUACUUGUUGCCUUGAUGAAAUUAACACUGUCUAUGGUCAUUUUAUCUACUGUGUUCUAUAAAAUAUCAUUUGUACCACACAGUGAGACUUAAAUCAACUGACAAACUGAAAUGUUAGUGUAAAAUGCUAAGUUUCAUAUAUGUGUGAAUAACUGAUCCACCCAAGCUGAGUCUUUUGCACUGUAUUUGAUCCUCACUGUUUUCUAGUAAAGGGUUUUUUUUUGUUACUAUGCAAAUCCCGCCUGGCCUGUAGAGAUAUUUCAGUGAUUUAAUGACAUUUCCAAAGCAAAUAAAGUUGGUUGAAAUUCA